UCCAUCACGCGCGCGCCUAUCAAUUGUCAUCUUAAACACCGCACCGGACCAGGUAGUCGGAGGGCAGUUCCGCCUUAAUGACACGUUAUGUCGUGGCGGCUCAUCCUGAAGUAGGAUGUUUAUCCGGUUUAUCUAUUCUCUCUGGUUUUGAAGAGUGUUUUUUUUUUCUUUUUUUUUUUAAUCCGACAGGAGCUCUGAGUUCCGUUCCUUCCUCGACAGCUCGAGACUUGACAUUUCCACGCUCUCCGGUCUCCACCUCCUCAAUCAGACGCUGCUGGCGCGAGCCUCGCUGCCACCUGUGGUGCGUGCGUCACGAGAGCGCCUGUUGCUCGCAUGGAUGCUUGAUUGAUCGCGGGAUUGAUUCGCGUUUUCGUUUCGCUCGCUCUCUCUCGCUCUCUCUCGCUCUCUCUGCAGGAAGGACUGAUGGCCGUCACGCGGCGCGGUCUCAGUUCGGAUCUGUUCGCGUGCGUGCGACUGUGCUGCUCUGGUCUUGCAGUCGCGUGUGUUUAAAUCGCAGCUACCGGGUUGGGUAAUGAUCUGCGUUGACCGUAUGACAGUGGGCUGUGUCCGUGCACGGCCGUGAUCGCCUCUGUCUGCCUCAGUCACCCGCGGACCCGCGUGAGUUACCGGACGUGGUUGCCGGGGCUGAAAUUCAGGGGCGCGAGUAAUUGCUGGAACAGCUUGCGCGCGAAUGUAUGUAUGGUCCGUGAUGUGCGCGUGUUGAUGGUGUGUGUUUGCAUGUGUCAGCGGGGACUCAGGUGCAGCAGACACCGGGAGUGACGGAAGAAGACUGAGCAUACAAACGUACACUCUCUCCACACACACACACACACACACACACACACACACACACACACACACACACGGAUCCUACCGGCACCGUAUAGAGCUGGACCCUCAGUGUUUACGAUGUCCACUAAAAAGCCAUCGGUCUCGGAAGAACCGGCCACGAACGGGACUUCAAGAAACAUGCUGGAGAGAUGUGCGUCUGUCAACGAAUAUUUUGACAUUGCCUUCAAGGUGAUGCUGCUGGGGGACUCUGCGGUGGGGAAGACCUGCCUGCUGGUGCGCUUCAAGGACGGGGCCUUCCUGGGGGGCAACUUCAUCGCCACCGUGGGCAUCGACUUCAGGAAUAAGGUGGUGACUGUGGAUAGCAUGAAGGUGAAACUGCAGAUCUGGGACACAGCUGGACAAGAGAGAUUUCGCAGUGUCACACACGCAUAUUACAGAGAUGCCCAAGCUCUGCUCCUGCUCUACGACAUCACCAGGAAGUCCUCCUUUGACAACAUUCGGGCUUGGCUGACUGAAAUUCAUGAGUACGCACAGAAGGAUGUGGUCAUCAUGUUGCUUGGCAACAAGGCGGACAUGGCUACAGAGAGAGUCAUCAAACGUGAGGAAGGGGAGAAACUGGCCAAGGAGUACGGUGUUCCCUUUAUGGAGACGAGUGCAAAGACUGGCCUCAACGUGGAGCUGGCAUUCCACGCCAUCGCAAAGGAGCUGAAGCACAGAGCGGCGCAGCUGCCCAGCGAGCCCAAGUUCCAGAUCCACGACUACAUCCAGGAGCAGAAGCAGAGAUCAAGCUGCUGCAGCACCGCCUGAUGGAGGGAUGGAGAGAGAGG